AACAACAACAGAAGCAACAAUUACAAUAGCAACAACAACAACAAUAUCAAUAUCGAGUCAAUUGAGAGCAAAACGGCAAACUGGUCCGAUUGAAGCGGUAGAACGCGGCUGGCACUAAUAUGCGUGUGAUUUCGCCGCGUAGAUCGUCAACGUCAGCAGCGGGCAGUGGCAGUCUUUACGGCACAACGUCGACCACCGGCGCUGGUAGCUCGACCGGCACCAGCAGCGGCAACAGCAGCAGCGGCGUCGGCGCCACAAGCAACGGCUACUCGCGUUACUCCAGCUCGUAUUACGAUCAUCGCGGCGGCAGUCUAUCCAAAUUGCUGCCGACAUCGGCUGGCGGCACGGGCACAUCGGCAGCUGGAUCGUCAUCAUCAUCUGCAUACAAUCAUCACAGCAGCAGCAGCGCGAGCGGCUAUUACCCCAGCUCCUAUUCCCCGUUCUCGUAUACGCCGCGGGUCAGCACACAGCGCAAUAGCAUUGGCUCCUCAUCGUAUCUGAGCGGCGGUUCCGGCUCUGUUCUUGGCUCUGGAUAUCGGAAUAGUUCAUCGUAUUUGAGCGGCUCUAACUAUGAUACAAUUUCGUACGGCCGAUGCGGAUUGCCGCGUAGAGCAAAGGGCACAACAUCGAAUGGCGAUGCAACCACAUCGGGAACAACAACAACAACAACCUCAUCAAUAUCAACAUCAACAAAGAAAGACGAUUAUGCCACAUCGCAUCGCAGAGAUGCUGCUGCUGCAAAAAAGCUGCCACCAAGCGGUGCUAAUGGCAAUGAUUAUGUUGAUGCCACAGCUAACAGCAGCAACGGCAGCAGCUCAAAACGUUUGUCCAGCUCAUGCUCAUCAUCAUCCCUCGCACGUUUAGUUGCCACAUCCGCACUGGACAUGUACGAAAAGUACAGUCCGGCCAACUAUAAACCCAACUGUGAACUGUCACGUUCCAGAUCGGCGGUCAAUGAAGCCGACACCGAUAGCCGCAACAGCAACAGCCACCUUAGCCGCAGCAACAACAGCAAUGACAACAGCACCACCUGCACCGUUACAUUGGACAGGCCGCGGAACAGCCGCUACAGUCGACUAUAUAGCAGCAGCAGCGAUGCCGGUGGCGAUGCGGCAAUAGGUGCCAGCGAAACGUCAUCAUCGCAUCUGAGGCAGCGCAGUGGCUCCGGCAGAUUCUCGCUCAGCGGCAGCAACAGCAGUGGCGAUGUACCAACGGCCACUUUCACGUUGCGCAGCAAUCGAACACGACGCACUGCGGCACAGGAUGCGACACCAACAACAACAACAGCACCAACGACCAAUGGUCAUGCGACAGACGCGAGCAGCAAUGGGCUGGACGUGAAGCUCAAUGGACUCUCGUUGCUAUCGUCGUCGCCCAAACGUAAUGCCAUAUACGAUAGCAGCAGCAGCAGUAGCCUGACACCCACAGCAACAACUACGGACACCACAGAUGAUGCAACGGCGGCAGCUUUAAAUCAUGUGACGCCCGCCAGCAGCAGGCCCAAUGGCGAUAUCAAUGGCGACAUUGAUGCUGAUGGCCAUGGCGAUGGCGAUGGGGAUGUUAAUGCCACGGCAACGUUGACGCUGGCAGAGAGCGCAGUGGCGCGCAGCAAGACGGCACGGAAUGCCACAAGUAGCGCUCGCUCCGUGCUACCACCUGUCUCGCCAACGUCCAGCCGCUAUUGGGAAAGGGACAGCGGACGCAGCAGCACCAACACCACAUCCUCUUCCAUUGGCACAUCGUCGCUGAGCAAUAAGCAUAACAGCAUCGACGAUGGCUACAAGAGCAAUCGUGACGAGAAGUUCGAGGGUCUAUGCGGUCUAAGAAAUAUUGGAAACACUUGCUUCAUGAACUCGGUUAUCCAAUGCCUGAGUCACACGACUGAACUGACGCGCUUCCUCCGUGGACAUAAUGCCAGCCCGCGCUCGGCGACCUCCAAGGAUCAGCAGAUACUACAUGAAUUUGCCAAGCUUAUACAGGAAAUGUGGACGACGAAUGUGCACAGCGUGACGCCGAUGGAACUGAAGCGCGCCUUUUCGUUAAAGCAUCGUAUGUACAACGACUACAAUCAACAGGAUGCCCAAGAAUUUCUACGCUUCUUCCUUGACUCGUUGCACUCGGCGCUUAAUACGGGCGUCAAAGGUGAAACGCUUAACAUUGAUGAUAAUCUCAGUGACAAUAAGAAGGCCGAUCUGACUUGGGAGUGGUAUGCACGUCAUGAGAACUCUCUGAUACGCGACCUGUUUGUUGGCCAGUUGAAGAGCACACUGAAGUGCACAACGUGUGGCAAUACCAGCGUAACCUUUGACCCCUUCUGGGACUUGAGCGUGCCACUACCUUCGUCAUCGCGAUGCAAAUUGGAGUCGUGCUUAGAUCUAUUCAUACGCGAAGAGGUGCUCGAUGGUGACGAGAUGCCCACGUGCUCCAAAUGCAAGACACGCCGAAAAUGCACCAAAAGCUUCACAAUACAGCGUUUCCCCAAAUACUUGGUGAUACAUCUCAAACGCUUCUCAGAGACGCGCUGGAGUAAGCUAUCGAAUAUUGUUGAGUUUCCCACAGCGGAUCGUGAGCUUAACAUGGCCUCAUAUGGCGCCAACGCAAAUUCGAAUGUGCAUUAUUCGCUCUAUGCGAUCUCCAAUCAUAUGGGCUCAACGGCUGGUGGUCAUUAUGUGGCAAUUUGUAAGCAUCCAGUCUCACACAAGUGGCAUGAGUUUAAUGACAACAGCGUCAGCGAUUCUAUACCUGAAAACUGUCUCGUUUCAUCCAGUGCCUAUAUUUUAUUCUACGAACGAGCGUAAGGCUAACUGUUCUCACAACAACCUGUUAGCGAACAACUCAAUGAGCAUUAACACAACACCAAAAGCAACAACAACAAAAAAAAAUAGAGGCAAGAUGAGAAACAGCGACAACAAGAACAACUGAAACAAUGGCGAACACUGUAGAAAAGUUAUUAUAACAUUUGUGCAACACCGCUUUUGGUAAUCCAAAGUGAACAAACCAUCAAAAAAAAAACAAUACAUCAAGAUCAGAAAGAGAAACAGAACAAGCAAAAACUAACUGCUAAGUACACAAAACCAAACAAAACAACUGCAACGCAACCAAAAUUGUAAUUUGUAUAAAAUUCUGUCGACACUAUAUGUCUGACAAAUGUUUAAUUAGUUAUUGUGGUGUAAUUAACGAGAUUUUGGCCCGUCCUCAUUGAAACACAUAUAAUAAUAAAGUUAAGUAUAGUACA